AUGAGUGGACGACGAGGAAGGCUACCGGCCCGUGCCCGAGGCAACCGGGCCAUCCCCACUCCAGUUCCUGACCCCGCUCCUGAGCCUAUACCUGUUCCUACUCCUACCCCUACACCCCCACCUGCACCACCUACUCCAGCAGAGUCAGUGGCAGACUUGCGCCAAGAGGUUAGUGAGUUGAGGGGCACCAUGGCCACUAUGUUGAGGCACUUUGAGAAUUUUAUGGCGCAUCAGGGCAGGCAGGGGCAAGCACCACCUGGGGGGAGGAAUGAACCAGUCAUGAAUGAGAACAUCAGUGGUCAGACUUCAAACCCGACGCCACAGGAGGUGGAGCCCCAAGGGAUGGGUGAUAACACUGGAAGCCAGUUGGUGAGGAACUUCAUGGCACUGAGACCUUCAGAGUUCCAUGGAGGGACCAACGCUUUGGCGGCAGAGGAGUGGAUGAUGGCAAUGGAGAAGCACCUCAGGACGAUAGGGUGCAGUGACACCCAGAGGGUACAGUUGGCUACAUAUCUGUUUCGAGGAGGGGCCGAGAGGUGGUGGGAGACCGUUCGACAGAGGUUUGUGGGCAGGGGGCCGACAUGGGCGGAGUUCAGAGAGCUCUUCAACACCAAUUACUUUCCAGCUUGGGUGCGAGAUCAAAAGACAUAUGAGUUUAUUGAGCUGACACAGGGUAAUAGGAUAGUGGCACAGUAUGAGGAGGAGUUCACCUCUUUGGCACGAUUCGCUCCUGAGUUAGUAUGUACAGAGGAAAAGAAGGCAGCCAAAUUCCAGAGGGGGCUACGAGUGGAUAUCAGAUUUCACCUAGCUGGUGCACAGGUCACAGAUUAUGCUACACUGGUGCAGAGGGCAUAUAUCAUAGAGAAGGAAAGGAGUGAGCUAAGGGCAGUUCAAGCAGCCGCUAGGGGAUCAGGUUCAGCUCGGGGGCAAGGUAAUGACAGGAAAAGAAAGGGAGCACCGGGGUUUUCUGGUAAUGUAACCGACAUUCCUCCCUGCACAACUUGUGGAAAGAGACAUCGGGGCGCAUGUAAGGCAUGCUAUGGUUGCGGGCAGUUGGGGCACUUGAGGAACGAUUGCCCACAGAAGACGGGUAUAGCAGGCAAUAGGGAGGUGACUUGUUAUCGAUGUGGGAAGAAGGGGCAUACGUCUAAUGUUUGCAGACAGCCGCCACAGCAAGGGGGACAAAGGUAUGGGAACCAAGGCAACAAGAUGGGGCAAAGGCAACCAGUGUCGAGACUUCAGGGGACAGCACCCCCAUUGGCACUGCCACCAGGACAGGGCACCACAUACGCUAGUCGACCCCACACCCAAGGACAGGCAUUCGCUUUGACGUCAGCAGAGGCAGAGAAGGGAAAGGAAACUGUGCAAGGUAUUCUCUCCCUAUAUGACAUUGAUAUGCGUGUUUUGUUUGACACGGGGUCUACACAUUCAUUUGUUGCACCUAGGAUCGUGUGCCAUAUUCCAUUUUGUAGUACAUUACUGCCUUAUUAUUUGAUCGUGUCUACACCGGGAGGAGUCGAGUUAGUGGGGAGUGAAGUCUAUAGAGACUGUAAGAUCAUGGUGCAUGAUAAGGAGUUGCCCGGGGAUUUGAUAAUCCUAGAUAUACAUGAUUUUGAUCUUAUUUUGGGCAUGGACUGUUCCACUCCUAUGAUAUCAGUGAUGAAGGCUGAAAAAAUGAUGCGGCAUGGAUGUGAAGCGUAUUUAGCUUUUGUGACCACGGGUAAGGAAAACAAUACAGAACUGUCAGACAUUCCAGUAGUCCAUGAGUUUCCUGAUGUAUUCCCUAAUGAGUUGCCAGGGUUGCCGCCACCGAGGGAGGUAGAGUUUUCCAUAGAGUUGAUGCCAGGAACUCAACCAGUUUUGUAA